AUGUCCGUAUCAGAACUUGACAGAUUUAUUAGAGCUUCUGAUGCUCUUAUAAGCUUUCAGGCUUAUUUCAAUGACAUAAAAGAAGACGUUCAUACGGUUUUCACAUUGGAGCUUCAUAGUGAUGAAUUAAAAACUUUAAUGGACACAGUUAAGUUGACUUAUCAAAAAUGUUUAGACUUUUUGUCUACUUCGGACACAGCAGAGCCCGAUGAUAUUGACGUUACUUCAGCCAAGUACCAGUCGACUUACACUGCGUUUGUGAAUUGUUUAUCGAAAAUUAGGGAACGUUUACAUAACUAUGAAGAGACUCAAAAGACUAGUGACUCACCGGUAGUGAAUUCUAAUUCUGAAUCACAUCACAAUUUGGUAGUACCGCCCUGUGAUGUUGAGACCUUUGAUGGUGAAUACCUGUCUUGGCCCUCGUUUAGGGAUUUGUUUACCGCUUUAUAUGUAAAUAAUUCACGUCUUAGCAACAUUGAACGGAUGUGCCAUCUUAUACGAAAGACUAGUGGCGAUGCAAAGGACAUAGUUUCUAAAUAUCCGCUCUCUAAUCUAGGCUUUGAUAUGGCAUGGAGCAACCUUAGGGCUGCUUAUGAAAAUCCUCGUAUGUUGGUUAACAACCAACUAAAGAUACUUUUCAAUCUCCCUAUUUUAGAUAAGGAAACUUCUGUAGGUCUCAAGACGAUACAAAGGGGUAUAAACAGUUGUCUUUCGGCAUUAUCGAUUUAUAAAGUGUCAACGGAAAAUUGGGAUCCGAUGAUCGUUUUCAUGUGUAUUCAACGACUUCCCGAUUGCACUGUUACCUUAUGGGAACAGAGCAUAAAAGACAAAUUCGUAUUGUCUGUUUGGAAAGAUCUGGAUGCAUUUCUGACGGAAAGAAUUCAGACUUUAGAGUGUCUACGCGACAUUAGGGAAGUACCACAAACGAAAAAAUCAGUUGUUCAAAAGGUGAAUACGCAUCAUGCUACUUCAUCUUCUUCGCAUUCUUGUAGUCUUUGCAAGAAUCAAAGCCAUUUUCUGCGUGAUUGUAAAAGAUUUAAAAAGCUUUCGGUAAUGGACAGAUUUUCGACAGUAAAGAAAAAUAAUUGGUGUAUUAAUUGUUUAUCACGAACACAUCAAGUGAAAGAGUGUAAAAGUAUUCAUAGUUGUUCUAUUUGCAAGAAGAGGCACCACACUUUAUUACAUAAAAAUGAGCCUUCAGAAGAUUCAAGUCGAAGUUCUAGACCUUCUUCUUCGAGCGUAGGUACUAGUGCUAUAUCACAACCUACUCACUCUAGACCUAUAGAAUCUUCCCAAACAGCUAGUACUAGCGGUUUUAGCUCUUCUGCACCUCUUAAUCGACAGGCGUUUCACAUCUCACGAAACCAGACAGUAUUGUUAGGAACUGCGAUGGUGAAUAUUCAUCAUCAGGGUAUGACAUACCCAGCUCGUGCUCUUAUUGACCCUGCUUCGGAAACUUCGUUUAUCUCCGAACGGGUACAGAAUCGUUUGAAAAUUUCUGCGCAUUCGACGAAUGCCAAAAUUUCUGGUAUCAACCAAGCGAUUUCUGUAACAGCAAGGAAAUCGUGUUCCAUUUUUAUUGGCACGCCCUUGGAUUCUUCAAUUAUUUUGAGUACCAUAGCCCUUGUUCUACCAACCAUAUCUGGUAAUUUACCAUCUUUCAUUAUAUCAAAUGAUCUUCGCAAAGAUUUGCCUAAUAUACGUUUGGCAGAUUCUCAAUUCUUCGAUUGCAGACCAGUUGAUCUACUUUUAGGAGCGGAUCUAUUUCCGCAAAUUAUAAUGGGUUCAGUUAGAAACGUUUUAGGGACAUUAUUGGCUCAGGAAACGAUUUUCGGCUGGAUUAUCACCGGUCCGGUUCCACAGUCUUCGGUUCAGGUAUACAACACUAGAGUUGACUUUUCUGAAGAGGAUAACUUAAACCGUAUUUUACUUAGGUUUUGGGAAUUAGAGGAACCGCCAAAACGAAAAAUUAUGUCCGCACAUGAUCUUAUGUGUGAGGAAAAUUAUAGGAAAACUACUCGUCGAGAUUCUGAUGGUCGAUAUGUGGUAAAAUUACCUUUUAAACCGGAAUUUCCUGACACGCUUUUUCUAGGCCAUUCUAAACAGAAUGUUAGGGCUCAGUUUUUAAGGACUGAAUCUUCGCUCUUGCGGAACCCUCUUAUCAAGAAUAUGUAUGAUGACGUUGUUAGGGAAUAUUUGACUCUAGACCAUAUGCGACCGGUUAGAGAAGAAUCGAUUUCUUCUUGCUAUCUACCUCAUCACCCAGUGAUAAAAUUAGAUAGAAAAACAACUAAAUUGCGAGUAGUUUUUAAUGCGUCCAAUAAAACGUCUAAUGGCCACAGUCUAAAUGAUUGUUUGUUUGUGGGACCCACAUUGCAGGCAGAUCUAGUUCUCCUGAUUUUACGUUGGCGUUUCUUUAGGUUUGUGUUUAAUUGUGAUAUAACACAGAUGUAUAGGCAGAUAAGACUUGAUAGGUCUCAUACUCCAUUUCAGCGAAUUUUGUUUCGUGAUACUCCGACGGAGGAAAUAAAAGAGUAUGAGUUACAGACUGUAACUUUCGGUGUCAAUUGCGCACCAUAUCUUGCCAUUCGUACUUUGUUACAAUUGGCUGAUGAUGUAGAAUGUAAACACCCAUUAGCGGCGGAAAUUCUAAGGAAAUGUAUGUAUGUCGACGACGUACUAAAUGGAACUCAUGAUAUCCCAACCGCGUUGAUCGCUCGCGAUCAACUUAUAGCGGCUUUGUCUUCAGCGGGUUUUGAACUCAGGAAAUGGACUUCCAAUGAGAAGGCUAUCUUAGCCGGGUUUCCUGUGGAACAUUUAGUAGAUGCCAAACUUUUAAAAUUUGUAGAGUCAAGUAGCUCUAAAACUCUUGGCUUACAGUGGAAUGCACACUUGGACUCCUUCUAUUUCAAUGUGGACCGUAUUUCGAUGCGAUCAAGUCACACGAAGAGGGAAGUGUUGUCUAUUAUUGCGAGGUUAUUUGACCCUGUUGGUUGGUUAGGACCAGUCAUUAUUGUCGCUAAGAUGGUAAUGCAGAGGGUUUGGCAAGAUCAAGUAGAGUGGGACGAAUCUCUCAAACCUGCUACAGAAGCCGAAUGGCAAAAAUUUGCUUCUUCAUAUCAUGAAGUGAACCAAAUUCAAAUUCCUAGAUGGGUUCAUUAUGUACCUAAUUCUAAAAUAGAGCUUCACGUCUUUUCUGACGCAUCGGAAAAGGCAUAUGCAGCGGUAAUUUACGCGCGAAUUGAAACACCUGAUGGCGAAAUUUUUACUCAUUUGCUGACAAGUAAAACAAAAGUUGCUCCCAUAAAGUCGAUUUCACUACCACGUCUUGAACUUUGUGGUGCAGUUCUUGCGGUGGAUCUUUUGAAAUCAUUAUUAUAUGAAAUUGAUAUCCCGUUAUGCCAAAUUUAUUGUUGGACCGAUUCUACAAUCGUCCUAGCUUGGUUGAAAAAAGACCCUUGCUCAUGGGCAACCUUUGUCGCCAACCGAGUAUGUAAAAUACAGGAAAUUGUCGGAAGACAUAAUUGGCACCAUGUCAAAUCAGAAGAGAACCCAGCAGACUUGGGAAGUCGAGGCAUCUCGCCCUCUGAUUUGUCACAUUGCGAGCUUUGGUGGCAUGGCCCAUAUUGGCUUCGGGAGAAAAGCACUACCUGGAAUUUUGGUUAUUUGUCUUUAUUGGAUACGGAUUUGGAAGCUCGUGCAGUAAAAUCGCAUGCUUCAUUUUUUAACAAUUAUGAAGAUAUUUUAGAGAGAUUUUCUUCACUUGAUAGAGCAAUUAGAGUGUUAGCAUAUGUUUUUAGAUUUUUCUAUAAAACCCAUUCUGCUCAUAGAAAUAGAAACUCUUAUGAAUCUACCACGGUUACGAAUAUUGAAGUGAAACAAGUGAAAUUACGAUUGGCCAUUCUUGCCCAAAAAGUCAAUUUCGCCGAAGAGUACAAAUGUCUUUUGGAAAAAAGACCCCUAUCUUCAAAAAGUUCACUUUUAACGUUGAAUCCAUUUCUGGAUAAUGAAGGUGUCAUGAGACUCAACGGUCGCUUGGCUAAAUCACCUUCAUUAGUUUACACCGAACGGCAUCCCAUAUUGUUGCCAUAUUCUUGUCGCUUUACACUUCUUUUGACUGAAUUUGUACACAUGAUUUCUAUCCAUGGUGGAAAUCAAUUAAUGCUCAGGAUAUUGAGGAUCGAGUAUUGGGUACCUCGUUUGAGAACACUUGUUCGAGCGGUUGUUAACCGCUGCAAACGUUGUAUCCUCGAUCGUAAACGUACAUGUACGCAAAUAAUGGCUGCGUUACCUCCUGAACGAACUCAGAUAAGCCGACCAUUUACGACAACUGGAGUUGACUUCGCAGGGCCCUUUGACAUGAAAAAUUUAAGUGGUAGGUCAGGUCAAAUUUUGAAAGCCUACGUCUGUAUUUUUGUUUGUUUUUCAACAAAAGCCAUUCAUUUGGAAGUAAGUUCAGAUUUAUCAACGGAUAAAUUCUUAGCCGCUUUUAAUCGAUUUAUAUCGAGGCGAGGUUGUCCAACUACCAUGUUUUCCGAUAACGGUACAAACUUUGUUGGAGCCUCUCGUGAGAUAGAAAGGGAUUUUAAAACAUUUUUAUUAGAAAGUCGCGCUCGGAUGUGUUCCACUUUUGGUAUUAAUGGACUGUCAUGGCGAUUUAUUCCAGCCGGCGCUCCUCACAUGGGAGGCUUAUGGGAAGCUGGAGUUCGAAGUUUUAAACUUCAUUUUCGAAAAGAAGCCCAGUCUGUAAAAUACACAUUUGAGGAAUUAUCGACGGUCCUCGCGAGAAUUGAAGCUUGUCUUAAUUCGAGGCCGCUUUGCCCCAUGAGCGACAAUCCUAAUGAGCCAGUAGCUCUUACUCCGGGCCAUUUUUUGAUUGGCUCGCCCAUCUUAGCUCCCCCGGAACCUUCUAUAUACGAAUCCCCUCUAAGUUUGGUAAAUCGAUAUCGAAAAGUAAAAGCGCUAACCCAUCACUUCUGUCGACGAUGGAAGGAAGAAUAUUUAACGAACUUACAUAAAAGAUAUAAAUGGAAAUGGCCGGAACGAGAGAUCGCUAUAGGUGAUUUAGUAGUCAUUAGAAACGAACAAUUGUCACCGACUUCUUGGAAAUUAGGACGAGUCGUUAAAACUUAUCCGGGAAGUGAUAGUCACGUACGCGUCGCGGACAUACGUACUGAAAAUGGUGUGGUAAAGCGACCAAUUACUAAGCUGGUCGUUCUGGCCAGUUAA